AUGCAAGCACCGCCACCACCGGGUGCCGGGGCAUUAAAUGCAUUUCUAACCGAAACCAUUGAACCUGUGACCCUCGCCGUUCUUUCGGCUGCAUGGGCAUUCUAUGGGAAUCCAGAUGCUGAGAUUAUUGAUACCAGCGAUGGCUCAGCUCCGUCUUCGUUCGAUCAAUUUAUAAUUAAUGCAGCAAUACGGCGUGGAAUGGACGGCGAUGCCGUUGCCGAAUUACUACGUACACGACAGCCUGUGGUUCGUGUGAAGAUUGAACCUCCGGGAAUUAAAAAAACAACAACAUAUAAACUUGACCCAGAUGGCAGUAUAUCUUCCAAAACACUCACUGAAAUUUAUGGCGGUACGGUUCCCAGCUCACUGAACAUACCAACAUCAAACAGUGGAACUGUGACCAGGACCUUCACAAGUAGUAAUGGACCAAGACCAGGUGGUACACGAGAUAAUUUUGAUCAUAGAAGCACAGACAAUUGGUUUGGUAGCCCGACAUUUGGAAGUCCAGUUUCACCCUGGUCUGCGGAACCGAGCACUACGGGUGCCCGCAAACAAUCCAAAGUAUACACAAACGCCAAUGGAGACAGACGAAUUGUGGAAACAACAGUAGACGAUGAAUUUCCCACAAACUACCACCAUACCACAAAAACAUUCAGAGGACCGAAUGGAGAGACUCGUGUAGUAAAGACAUUUUCAUCUAACCCAUUGGAUGUCAGUGGAUUACCAUCCGCCGAAUCCCCAUCAAGUACUGGAGACGAUGAAUUUCCAAGCAAUCAUCGUCAGGUUACUAAAACUUACAGAGGGCCAAAUGGCGAGACCAGAGUUGUAAAAACCUAUUCCACCAACCCAAUUGAGUUCAGUGGUUUUCCAUCAGUAGAAUCCCCAUCAUGGACAAUAAAUACACAUUCUUCCGAGCCGAAACUGACCAGAACUGAGAGCAAUUUUCCUUCGAAAUCUUGGCCUUCUUUUGAUAAUCCUUUCUUCCCAAGUUCUUGGUUGCCACACGAGCCCAUGGGUGAUCCGGAUGACUGGACUGUUGUGGAAGAUGACGAUGAUACAACUGUGAGUACAACAACCAGCAAAGAAACAAUCGCGACAAGCACGACAGUACAAACCAAAAUAUUGCCUACCGAACAAAGUUCUACAUCGAAGCCAAAACAAACACAGCCAGAAAUAAAAGCUACAACACCUUUGCCAAGCUUGGACGAAUUUCUAAGGAGUCAAUAUGGACCACCGAUACCAACAACAACAAAAGAAACCGUUGCAACCUCUGAAAUUCCCACUACUCCGCCAACAAUAACAACAAGCCAAAAACCCCAUGCAACAAGUACACAAAAACCAAAAUCACCUGCCGCAACUACCACAAAAAAGCCGAUAACAAUUAAUGUAGAAGACUUGCCCGUCGCUGAGGUAUUGGACAACGGAAACCCGGCAGAUGAUGUUCUCAUCAAUAAAUUGCCGCCUCAUUUGCAACCGAAGAUGAAUACGGGCAAAGUUCUGAGAACUGAAAAUAAAUACCCAACAGAGGUGGAGUAUCCCGAAAUGAAGACAGCACACCGUGAAGUCGCAAGUCCCAGCUUCAAGAUGCCAACCACAAUGUACAACACAUUUUACGAGCAGAAAAGACCCGUUGUAUACUCGCCACCACUUAGCCCGAUUUCUGCCUUUCUGGCCCGUUUCGAUUUGACGAAAGCAGACAUCUUGGCCAGAAGUGGCGAAUACACACACACAAUCGUCGACGAUGAUGGCUCCUUGUUGGAAGUAAGAUUUAUUCUGAGCUCACCCAUCCACCGACAAGUAACCAAAGGCAUACCCUUCAAGUAG